AUGUCAACCAAAAGAAAUAAUAAUAAAAAGAAAAAUAAUAAUAACAAGACAAAGUCAGUAGUUGCACAAGAACAACAACAGGAAUCUAACAAUACUGCCGUAGAAUCUCUUGAAAAUAGACAAUCUAAUAUCAUCGAGGAUCUCAGCAAUUUAGAUAAUAAAGUAGAACAACUCAUCGAACAAACAAACAACAAUCAAACUAUGGAUAGUGUAAUCGUAGAUGAAAACAAUGUAGAGAUCGCCAACAAGGUCGUCGUAGAAGAACAAAAACAAGAGGAACAACCAACUGUUGCCGAACCAAUCGUCGAGCAACCAGAACCAAUCGUCGAACAACAACCAGAACCAAUCGUCGAACAACAACCAGAACCAAUCGUCGAACAACAACCAGAGCCAGUUGUUGAGGAAACAAAGGUUGUCGAAGAAGUUAAAGUAGAGGAGCCAGUUGCUGCCGUUGAGGAAUCAGUUAUUACCGAUUCAGUUGUAGUUGUAGAACCAGAGGUUGCUAAAGUCGAAGAGCCAGUUGUUGAAGAAGCAAAGGUAGAAGAGCCAGCUCCAGUUGUAGAAGAAGUUAAAGUAGAUGAAACAGUUGCUGUUGUUGAAGAACCAGUAGCUGCUCCAGUUGUCGAUGAAGCUAAAGUUGAGGAGCCAGCUCCAGUUGCUGCCGCUGAGGAAUCAGUUAUUACCGAUUCAGUUGUAAUUGUAGAGCCAGAAGUUGUCAAAGCUGAAGAGCCAGUUGUUGAAGAAGCAAAGGUAGAGGAGCCAGUUGUUGAAGAGACAAAGGUAGAAGAGCCAGCUCCAGUUGUUGUUGAAGAGCCAGUAGCUGCUCCAGUUGUAGAAGAAGUUAAAGUAGAGGAACCAGCUCCAGUUGCUGCUAUUGAAGAACCAGCUGUAGCACCAGCUGUAGAGCAAUCACAACCAGAGCAACCAAAGAUUGAAGAACAAGUUAAUGUAGAGGAACCAGCUCCAGUUGCUGCUGUCGUUGAAGAGCCAUCAGUAGUAGAACCAGAACAACCACAACAAACAGAGGAAGAGAAACCAAUGAUUGAAGAAUCAUUUGUUAUAGUAGAUAAAGAACCAGAACAACCACAAGAACAACAACAAGAACAAGAACAAGAAAAACCAAAAAUAGAAGAAGAGAAACAAAAUGAAUAUGCUCACAUGAAUGGAAACAAUCAUGUAGAAUCAACACCAGAACCAACUACCACCACCACCACUACUACUGUUGCUGAGGCACCAGUUGAGGAAGAGGAGGAAGACGACAGCACAGAUCCAAACGUUUUGUCAAACGAGGAGAUGGCCAACCAAUAUAAGAAUGAAGGUAACGAGUUGUUCAAGAGAGCUUUCUUCCGUGAGUCGAUCGAGAGCUACACCAAGUCACUCAAGUACAAGCCAUCACAUAUGGUCUACAGUAACCGUUCGAUCAGUUACUUCAAGUUGAAGAUGUACGAGCAUUCCAUGGAGGAUGCCGACAACUCUAUCAAGUUGAGUGCCGAUUGGACCAAGGGCUACUUGAGAAAAGGUAUAGCAUUGGUUUCUUUGGAGCGUCUCGAAGAAGCCAAGGCCGUAUUCUACCAGGGCCUCGCCAUCGACAAGGACAACAGUGAUCUCCAAAAGAACCUCGAAGAUGUCCUCCAGAAGCUCCAAGCUAAAUCCAAGCCUGCCAACGACAUUGAUAAUCAAGUCGAAGCUACCGACAAGAAGAACAACAAGCAGAUUGUCAAGAGUUCCUCAUGGAUUUCAAAGAUUCUUUCAUUCGGUUUGCUCGGUGCUGUCACUGGUGUCGCUGCAUUUACAUUUAGAAAUACUCCAUUCGUUAAGAAUAUGAUUGGUUUUAUUGGAAAAUUAAAGAAAUAA